AAAAAAAAACAUCCAGGCAUUUUUGUUUAGCAAUUAUUUUUCUAGAUGCAGCCCAUCUUGUGCGUCAAACAGCACGUCACACUCCGAUAAUGGCUAUUCAUGAAGUUGUGGUAUUGUUGAAAAGAACACGAUGGAGAAGCAACACAGCGAGCUCAGACUGAAUGGUUAAAGAUUAAAAAAAGGGGGGGAGAAACAUGAAAAUGAAGUCAUUUCCCAAAUGAUUCGACAUAAAAAAAAAACACAAUCUUUGCAUCCCCAUCCCUGUCAACAUAAAUCUCCAAAAGAUCGCCCCAUUGACAACACAGGUGAUCAAUUAUUGCAGAUAUGGCUUCGCCGAGAGCGUCUUUAACGUCCCCGCCACAUGUAAUUACAGCAGCGAUGUCUGAGGGAGAUGCGGUGGGUAAUCAAUAGGCGCUUGCAGCAGGUACGCGCUGCUGCCUCUUCACUCGCGCGCAGACGCACGCGCGCACGCACACCGUCUCGCUUGUUUUCUUGCCCAGCGCUGGAUGUGAGACGUCAGCGUCACCGCCGCAGCCCGUAGACACACGCAGCCCGCGGCCACGCGUUUCUCCACCGCGUCUGGAAGAAGCGAAGCCCGGAUAGCGCAACAUAUUGGCACGCCAACAUUUCCCCGCUGCGUUAUCACCUUUCUACGGAGACCAGAUAAGGCCACUCCAUGACAGUCUCGCGUCGCGCACAACGUCUUUGCGCAUCCCACAGCAGCGGCAUCUCAUCUCGGAAUUGCUGAAAAUACUACAAGACAUUACACAACGCUGAACGCACCGCGCUAGACCUGCCAUGACCGCAGGGGUUCGUGGAAUGGCUCGCUUGGGGCUGUGUGGGCUUUUAUUCGGGCUGCUGAGGCUCAGCUCGGCUUGUCCUGGGUCGUGCUUUUGCAAUGCCUCGAGGAUCUCGUGUAUCGAUCAAGAACCAGGGAUCGAGGAUUUCCCUGUCUUGGUGCCGGAGUCUGACAUGGAAAACAUCACGGAUAUAUACAUCUCAAAUCAAAAAAGGCUACUUACAAUCAACGAGGACCAUAUGAAGUACUACUCAAAUCUCAGGAAUUUAACAGUGACCAAUACUCACCUGACAUAUGUAUCUACAAUGGCCUUCUUCAACAAUUCCAAACUUCAAUAUCUGAAUCUCAGAGACAAUAACUUAUCAACACUGUCUUGGAGGGCACUUCGUAAUUCAAACUUGUCGACUUUGUUGCUCUCCGGGAACCCUUUGCAAUGUGAAUGUAAGAACAUCUGGAUCAAAGUCUGGUUGGAUGACAGUGAGAGAGAGGGGUUGCAGUGUCUACAGGACGGAGGAAGAGCAAAAGCCCUCUCUAGGCUCAAGCUUCCUUCAUGUGAGUAUCCACGUGUCGAGGUCAUCCCUGCUGUUGUCAAUCAAAUGGCAGGAAGUGAUGCCACAGUGACGUGUAGUGUGUCAGGAGCCCCGACCCCUGAGCUCUCCUGGAGCUUAAACUCCAGUGAUCACCCUCCUCUCUCAACCAGUCAUGAGAUUUCUCACACAAUGGAGCUGCAGUCUAUUCUGACUCUAAGUGAACUUUCACCUGAUGACAACGGCAGAGAGCUCACCUGUAGUGCCGAGAACAUUGUGGGCCAGACUGAGGCUUCAGUCCUUCUCAAUAUUCUUUUUCCCCCUACUAUCAUGCAGCUGUUCCAGCCCGUGAGGAACCAGGACUGGUGCAUUCCUUUCACUGUGACGGGCAACCCGAGGCCUGAUCUGCACUGGUACCACGAGGGGAAGCUGCUGGAGGAGCAGCAGUACAUCAGGACCAAAAUCCAUGAAAUCACGGAUACGGAGUACCACGGCUGUCUGCAGCUAGUCAUUCCCACUCAUAUCCAUAACGGCAUUUACACACUGGUGGCUAGCAAUGAGUUCGGAGAGGACAGGGGAAACGUGACGGCGCACUUCAUGCACAUACCUGAUGUGGACCACUCAGGGACAGACACAGACACGACAUUUAGUCCAGAAACCCCGCCACUGGAGGACAAAGUCGCGGUUUAUAUAGUGGUUGGAAUAGCUGGGGUUGCUUUAACUGGAUGUAUCCUGAUGUUAGUUUUCCUCAAGUAUGGCAGAAGCUCCAAGUUUGGUAUGAAAGGCUCUUCAUCCGUCAUCAGUAAUGACGACGACUCGGCCAGCCCGCUUCACCACGUUUCCAAUGGCAACAACACGCCAUCAUCAUCGGAAAUGGGCCCAGAUGCCGUUAUCAUCGGAAUGACAAAGAUUCCAGUCAUCGAAAACCCCCAGUACUUCCGCAACCCCGGCAGCAUGCUGAAAUCGGACACUUUCGUCCAACACAUAAAACGUCACAACAUUCUGCUGAAGAGGGAACUUGGAGAAGGGGCUUUUGGGAAAGUGUUCUUAGCUGAAUGCUACAACUUAUCUCCUGACCAAGAGAAGAUUUUGGUGGCUGUUAAGACUCUGAAAGAAGCCAGUGAAAGUGGACGAGCAGAUUUCCACCGAGAGGCAGAGCUCCUGACCAACCUGCAGCAUGAGCACAUUGUCAAGUUUUAUGGCGUGUGUGUAGAAAGCGACCCUCUCAUCAUGGUGUUUGAGUACAUGAAACAUGGAGACCUCAACAAGUUUCUCAGGGCUCAUGGACCAGAUGCAGUGCUGAUGGCAGAUGGACAGCAGAGUUUGAUGGUGGAGUUAACUCAGCCUCAGAUGCUGCACAUUGCCCAGCAGAUAGCAGCAGGCAUGGUGUAUCUGGCCUCACAGCAUUUCGUGCACAGAGACCUGGCCACACGCAACUGCCUAGUAGGAGAGAACCUGCUUGUCAAGAUAGGAGACUUCGGCAUGUCCAGAGAUGUGUACAGCACCGACUACUAUAGGGUGGGUGGUCACACCAUGCUGCCCAUCCGCUGGAUGCCCCCAGAGAGCAUCAUGUACAGGAGAUUCACCACAGAGAGUGACGUGUGGAGUUUGGGUGUGGUCCUCUGGGAAAUAUUCACAUAUGGCAAGCAACCCUGGUACCAGCUUUCAAACAACGAGGUGAUCGAGUGUAUCACACAGGGUCGGGUGUUGCAGAGACCUCGUACUUGCCCCAAAGAGGUGUAUGACCUGAUGCUGGGCUGCUGGCAGAGGGAGCCCUACAUGAGACUCAACAUCAAAGAAAUCCACAACCUGCUCCAGAGCCUGGCCAAGGCUUCGCCUGUUUACUUGGACAUCCUGGGCUGAUCCGUUUGCCAGUAUGGGUGUGUAAUUGUUAGUAAGAAAAAGUGUGUGUGAAUGCGUGGUAUAAUAGGAGUAAGGGAUGGUUUCGAUUAGGAUGAGUGAUUGAAUAUAGAUGUGUGUGCGUCUGUGUGUGUUCAUAAAAAUGGCUUGUGCUUCAGCACUCUCACCACAUAGACUAAAAGGCCUUAAAGUUGACUGUGUGCAUUGCUUUGAGUUUUCCCACAUCUGGACAUGUCCAUCUAUCAUGUAUCAAUAGGUUUUCUAAAAACCCCAAAUAGUUACAAACAGAAACAUCUGAUUGUUGUAAAUAUGCGUCAGAGACAAUGCAGACCUUUUGUUUAACAACCUUUUUGAAAAAGGUAAUUUGGUUUAGGAAAGUUUCUAUUUGUUUUUCUCUUACCAUUUUGUUUAUCGAGAUGGACAAAAUUCGGACUUGAUGAGGACCCAGUCAUUAGCACAACGCUGUCAACGCCCUGGCGUCAUUCUGGCAGACUUUACGCAGAUCGCAAUACUAUUCAUACCGCAAACUAUCGAGUAACAAUCAUGGAACUGCCAGAUUCAUGUUUCAUUUGAAGUUUUUUUUUAACACAUCUGUUCUAAUUUUAAACUUUUCUGUGCCAAGUUUUGAUGUCUAUAAUGCUGAGGUCGAUGAAAGGCGUUUUGGGACAUCUCGGUGCGCCCCAUCUUACUCAGCGCGAACUUCGUCAUAGAAGCACAGCGACAAAGACGCCUCCUUUUUUUUUUUUUUUUCGUUUUUUCUUCGGAAGAGGCUUGAGGUUGGACACAGAGUGUUUGGAGUGAGCACAGAGGCAAAGUCACCAGCAGUGGCACUUAAGUAUUUCCUCAGACUUUGUUUGGCUCCCCGGCCAUAGUUUUGAUUCAAAGGGCACUUGUCUCUCUAACUGAGGCUCGAAGAACAAUGGGAAGAUGCUGUUCGUGUGUCAGUGGUAACAGUCUAAUUUUUUUAAUGUUAGGGUGCUUACACACUAGAAAACGUUUUGACUGAACACUUGAUGGAUAGAAAUCUGCAAGACUGUGUUUCUGAGGGUGUGGAAAAGAGCCAUUCGUCCUGGAUAUUUCCCUGCCUUUGGCCCUAGAGGCUGGGAUAGGUUCCAGCAUCCCUACGACCCUACAUCGGACAAGCGGUUUUGGAUUAUGGGUGGAUGGAAAGAGCCAGGGCUAUUUGAAAUAAAGCAGAAAUACAGCCAAAUGGAUUUCUGAAAGCACAAUUGGACCUGCCUCCCUGGGAUUCUCAGUAGUCAACAGAUCCCUGCAUUACAGCCAAAGUACAAAUUCCCCCCACUUUUGGUCACGUAACGGAGCAUCAAAAUCAACAAAUUCCCGGUGUACUCCAACGUAGCGUGAACUAGUGUGUAGGCACCCUUAAUCAUCAUCAUGUUGCAAUUUGAUGGACUUUGCCUUUGCGAAGACUGAAGAUUUCUUUCAAACCUGUUCCUGAGGAGUAUAUCCAUAGAUGUUGUUCAUAACACAACAGACCUGCCUGAUCAGCUGGAGUUGAUUGCUCUUGGAUUAUUCAUUAUUAUCUGUUUAUGUAUCAACUGCUAAAUAAUAUGUGUAUGUGAUAAUCUAUGAUCAAUUUGUUUUCGAUGUAUUGUGGGCCGUUUCAAAGCGAUGGGCUUGGUGGGCACUGUGAAGUGAAUGUUCAUGUGAGAAUGAUACGAGUCGGACUGUCCCUGAGGUCACGACAGGAAGACCCUAUGAAGGGACUGUCCAGAUUCAACCUGUGUGUUUCAACCCCACUAAACAAGUUACCAGAGGAGGACGACUGACAACCAACAGGUUUAAAUUGAUUACAAAGGACUGAAUGACAACUAAAAUUGUCAUUGCACUAUACAGUGCGUUCAGACAGUAUUCAGAUCCCUUCAUUUUAUGUAUAGCCCUAUGCGAAAAAUUUUUUUUCCACAUCAAAAAAUACUCUCCUUACACCAUGAUGCAAAAACUGCAAAUUUAUUAAAAGAAAAAACACAAAUAUCUCAAUAACUUAAGUAUUCAGACCCUUAACUCAGUACUUGUCUUAUCAGCAAUUAUUUCCUCAAGUCUUUUUGGUCCUUUCAAUCUGUCAGGUUGGAUGAGGACCAUUGGUGGACAGACAUUUUUAUGUUUGGGUACAAGCCUGAGCUCUGGCUUGGUCACUCGAGAACAUUCGGAGUCAUCGUUAAACUACUGCUGCAUUAGUCAAUGUGUAAUUUCUGUUCACAGAUUUGGUUUUUGCUUUAUAAUGGGAGAGGCCCAGCAUGAUUUACACACUAAACCGAUAUAAAAGAACUAGUAGACGAAAGCUCUAGUGGACUCUGUUUGGGCCAAAGUUGCGUUUGAACACACUACAAAGACUGCAAUCAAUGGCCAACUAGCAUGUAGUCUACCUUUGUCUGCGUAAAUACAAAAAAAGCAAGCAAAUCAGCUGUUGAUCAAUUAAUUGGUCUUCACUUUCUUCAUUCUAAACAGCCAUGUCGUUACGACAGAGCAAGGCUCUUAAAUACUUCGUACAACCCAUGUGAUGGUUCUGUUAUGUGGUAAGGAGUUUAGAUUAAGGAGGUGAAAAAUGGAAGCAUUUUAGUAUAAAGGUGAGGUCACAAUUACUGUUCUGCAAAUUUUCACAGGUGAAAUCCAGUCAUUUCAGUAGUGAUUUCUCCAUGCGGAUUUGACCGGUUCGCCCCAACACAAAGCCGCUUGGUUUGAAAGGGACUACUCCUGUGUGAGAUGUGCUUCAUACAUCAUUACAUUAUUAACAACGGACCUUUUUUUGUGUGUGACUGUGACUGCACCUUUACGAACAUGAAGAAAUGAAGGAGUCUGAAUACUUUCUGAAUCCACUGUAAUAAUGUCUAUAGUGUUGUUUGCUAGCCGAGCAUCACAAUCACUGUUGUUCAUAUUUAGGGCUUACUUGAAUAUUACACGCAGUACAUAUUCAAUUCAGCUGUAUCUGUAAAACCGCAAAACAAAAUCUUGUCAAUCUGACUAUUUCUGUUGACUAACACCAGGGCUGCAGUAUUCGACUUGUCCUCCUCUGCCAGAGUAAAUGUUUUUUCUCAAUUCCGAUCAGCGGGGCUCCUCGUGGACCCCAGCAACACAUUUUGCAUCGACUGACUGGUGUGAAGUACCAGAGAUGUGUUGCUUUGAAAGCGUCUGUAUAUAUGCAAUUAGACUGUAAAUAUACAUGAGCAGGAUCAAUCAUUCUUUGUACACUGAUGUCAAAUUCUUUCCAAACAGUACAUUGGCAGGACCUACUUUUAACAGCCGACAUUACCCGACAUCGUGAGUUGUCGAACAGCGUCCAAUCGAGUCAAGUGUCGGUCAUUAUGGUCAUGAUCUUUUUGAGCAGUGACUUAUGACCUCUUAGAGCUUUGCACUUUCUUUAUAGAUGUACUGCUCAUAUUUUUGUAGUUUUCACCCUACAAUUGUAAGCACUGCAAAAAAAUAAAAAGAAAAAAAAGGAAAAAGAAAAUGCACUGAAAGAGGUUAUUUAUAUUGAAUCUGAUUAUUUGCUAACGUUACAGAUAUCGAAGAAAUGUAUUCAGUCAGUUACGCUAAACAAUUUUUCUUGUGUUGUGGCAGACUGACUAUGUGAAGACUUUAUUGAACAAACAUGGCAUUUUCUUUGUUUUUUUGCUAUACAGAUUUCUGUGUGUUCUAAUAGCCAGCCUGUACUUUAUAAUCCAUUCUGUACAGUUCUAAUAGAUGUCUAUAUAAAUAGUAUGUUCUCUCUAUAUAUUCUGUUUCAAACAGGCAUCAUGUCAAAUGUGUGACAUUGUAAAGGGAAGUAAAACAUGUCUAAUGGGCCUCCGGCAAUAUGUGAGUGUAAAAACAGUUUAUUUUGCGUGACAAUGUAUAAUUUAUUUUUCCUGUGGUUGUUCAUAAUAAAAGUACGAUUUGAUUUUUUUUUUUUUUUUUAUAUGUGUAAUUGCUCAACUAGCCUUUUCCCCUGUGUAGUAAACAAUUUGAGGUUACUGACGCUUACUGCACUUUUUUUUUUUUUUUUAAAUUGAGGGUUGAUUCACAUCCAGAAGGAAAGAGCCAAGAGAACCCCCAUCCUCAUUUGAUUUGUGGAAAGCUCUUAACAUUGUAUAUGAAUGAAGAACUGUGACUGAGUACUGGAACGCUCUUUAUGCAUUAUUUUGUAAGCCAAGAUUUUAUGCUUCGUCGGGUGAAUCUCAAUUAAAGUGUAGCGAAAUGUCCUAGUCAGCCCAAAAGAGAAACAAUACAUGAAAAGAUAAGCCUAUUUAAGGUCAAUUAAGCUUUUUUCUUUUUUUUUUUUUUAAUAUUGGGGUAAAAUAUAUCCUGGACAUUUCUUUGUGAAAUGCACCCAUUUAGGCAAUUGAAAUUAGACAUUUGUUCCCAUUUCUUUUAUUUGUUUAGCUGGAUCACUGGUUGUGAGUGAAUGAAUGUGUGUGUGUGUGUGUGUGUGUGUGUGUGUGUGCGCGAGCGUGUGCUCCAGGCAGACUCAAUCUCUCACGGCUUUAGGUGUCAGUACUCUAUGCUUGUGCAUCCUGUGAGAAGCUUCUCUGCAGUCAGUGAAAAUGUUCCUUGUAAUACUGUGCAUUUAAUAAAAGUGGUAUGUCUUACUA